AUGGGUCUCGCUCCGACCGGUGCAGCAGCGCAGGGCGAUGCAUCGACCAGCACGCGUCGCUCAGCUCUCGACCUCGACGUGUACACGAGCUGCACAUCCUUGAAAAGCGAGCUAGCAGAGCAACCUGAGGCCAGCCUUGUCCUUGAACAAGCCAUCGUGGCUCUGGAUGCAGGCAGCUCAGCCGCUGAUGCUCUGGACCGCAUUGCCAAGCUGCUCCUCGUGCCAACCUGCACGCUGUCCGUCGCUUCUCAAUUCAAGCCAGUCCUCUUGGAUCUCCUCGUCCGAAGUCUCAAGCAAGCUCUUGGUGCUGGCAAAGACGAUGCGCAAGUGCUUGUCCAGACGUUGCAUGCAUUUGCCGUACUCAUCAGCGUCUUUCCUGCGGAGAUCUACGACUUUUCGACUCGAUUCGUCAGCAGCCCUUCCUUUUCAGCAUUACCUCAGAGUCUUUCGACGGCCGCACCCGAAGUGCGCAAUCAGUUCCUGCUGGACCUUUACCGACUCGCCGCCGCCGCCCCCAACACCUUCUCUGGCUCGCUCGAAGAAUCCUAUUCUCUAUGGGCUCAUCACAUUAUCUUCUCACCGGAAUCAUCCGAUCUGCUUCAAACACGCUUGCUUGCUAUUCGCUUCUUCGCUCUGCAACAGUGCAUCAGCGAGAAGGGACGACUGGAAUUGCAGCAAAAGUGCCUCGAUGCGCUCUCCCUCGGCGCUUCCGACCCAUACGCCCUCGACGCUGUGGCUACACUUGCUUUCGAGCCAACUGGGAUCAACCUCUGGACGCUCGAGACGGAAGAAUUCGCGCGCAUUCAACAAGCACGAUCGCUGGUCGCUUCCCGCCAGAGCGCCUUCUUGCCACAACGCAGUGAGACUGACGUUGUAACGGACAAACAACAUGCUCCGCUGUUCACCGACGACCUCUCGCCCGAGGUUUGCGCCAUCGGUGGUGUCCUGCUUGCAUGUUCCCAUCAGAACACAAGCCGAGACGGAUCGAUGCCGCUCGAGGAUCAAUUCGUCGAGACGGCUGGCAUCGCACCAUCGCUAUCUGAACUCGCUCUCCGCCUCAGUGCCAACUAUCCCAUCCUCGUCUCCGGUCCACCCUCGAGCGGCAAAUCAAGCUUGAUUCGACACCUUUCUCAAGUGCUCAAGGGAGCUGAAACAGCAUCCACUUCCAGCCACCUUCUUGCCAUCCAGCUUGGCGAUCAGUCAGGUAUCGAUGCCAAGCAGCUCCUUGGCUCCUUUGUCUCGAGCCCAACCGAGCCAGGCAAGUUUGAAUGGACCGAAGGCGCUCUCACCCGCGCUGUCCGUCAAGGCAAGUGGGUCGUCCUCGAAGAUAUCGACAAGGCAGGCUCUGAGGUCCUCAGCACCGUAGCGCAGCUCGUCGAACAGCUCGGACCCACCAAGGCCCUGGGCACUCGAACCGCCAUCGAUCUCGGCACUCGCGGCAAGGUGGUUGCGGGUGAUGGUUUUGCUCUGUUUGCCACACGAUCCGUCGCAUCUUCGUCUCGACAGGCAUCUGCGCCUUCCAGCGCCACCUUCCUCGGCAGCUCGCAUUGGUCCGAAGUCUACAUCGACUCACCCAGUCAGAACGAUGUUAGCAGCAUCCUGGCCAACAAGUUUUCUCGUCUGACUGCACAGCAGUCUCACUUUGUCGACCGUCUGGUCGCCACUUGGUACAAGCUGCAACGUGCCACGCAGCCCUCCGCGGCGUCUUCUCUAGCAAGCGCCAAAGGUGUCGGCGCGAGCGCUGGAAGUGUCCGCACAGCGACUCUGCGAGAUCUGAUCAAAUGGUGUCGCCGCGUUCAACGUCUCCUGUCCGCCGAUUCUGCGAUGCUCUCCGAUCCGCUCAACAAUCCUGUUCAACAGGAGGAGAUCUUCAUCGAGGCAUGUGACAUCUUUCUCGGAUCAGUGCCACCAGCUCAAGAUGCAUCAGCAACAACAGGUCAGGCUUCUGCGAACACCUCGAAAGCGGCCAACGGAAAGAGCACCGAUCGCUACAGCGCACUCGUCGAGCUGCUUGCCGAAGAACUCGGCUUGACCAGCGAACGAGCGUGGUGGGCCCUGAAACAACGCAUCCCAGAGCUCUCUGUGAGGUCGGCAGAGACGUCACUCAACAAAGACGCAGGGUCCAGUCUUAUCCGCGUCGGUCGUUGCGAGCUGCAGCGUCGAUCCAAGGCCACUGCAAAACGCGCUGCGCCCGUCUCGAGAAAGUUCGCUAUGACCAAACCGUCGCUGCUGCUGCUCGAGAGGUUGACAGUAGCCACCGCUUUGGCCGAGCCUGUGCUGCUCGUCGGCGAGACGGGUACGGGCAAGACAACGGUAGUGCAACACCUCGCCUCGCUCCUUGGUCAGCCCAUGGUCGCGCUCAACCUCAGUCAGCAAACCGAGAGUGGUGAUCUGCUUGGAGCUUUCAAGCCACUCGAUCCCAAGGUGCCAGCAACCGAGCUGCACGAUCAGUGGACCUCUCUAUUCGCACGCACCUUUUCGUCUCGUCGCAAUGCUCGCUUCGUAGAGGCGGAGCGCAAGGCUUUCGUCGCUGGCAAAUGGUCGCGCUUGGCUCUUCUGUGGCGCGAAUCGGCCAAGAUGGCAUCCCAACGCAAAAGGGGCGCCAGCAAGACCGAUACCACGGAAAAUGCAAAUGGAGACAUCACCACCGCCGACACAGAAGGUCGUCCAGGCUCCGGUUCAAGAAAGAAACGCAAGACGGAGCGAGGGCCUGCGGAAGGCUCGCCUGCUGACCUCGACGAUGCUCGGGCCGACGCAGAGCUCGAUCGCGAAUGGCUCGAGCUCGAUGCGAAGGCGAGAGACUUUGGCGUUCAACAUGGAAGCAAGAAAAAGAACCUCGUCUUCUCAUUCGUCGAAGGGCCGUUGGUCAAAGCACUCCGUCAAGGUGAUUGGAUCUUGCUCGACGAGAUCAAUUUGGCCGCCGCCGAGACGCUCGACAGCCUCACUGGCCUGCUGCAGUCCCCGAGCUCGAGCAUCACGCUCACCGAGCGCGGUGAUCUGGAGCCGAUUCCGCGUCACCCCAAUUUUCGCCUCUUUGCUUGUAUGAACCCUGCCACCGAUGUUGGCAAGAAGGAUCUGCCAGCAAGUCUGCGCUCCCGCUUCACCGAGCUGUACGUGCCCAGUCCUGAUGCCGACCGCGAGGCGCUCACGGCCAUCGUCGAAAAGUACAUCGGCGAGCACGCGUUGGGCGACCGAGGCGCGAUCAUGGACAUCGCCGAAUGCUACGCCGAGAUUCGACGUCUGGCGCAGCAGCACCAGCUGGCCGAUGGUGCUAAUCAGCGACCGCACUUUUCCAUCCGAACGCUGUCGCGUGCCUUGACCUUUGCAACCGACAUCGCUCCUCAAUACGGAUUGCGACGCAGCCUCUGGGAAGGUUUCGUCAUGGCUUUCACCCUCCUACUGGAUGAUGCCAGCGCUAGAGUGGUACGUGCCAUCAUUGAGCGUUACACUUUGACCAAAGCCAAGAAUGCUCGUGCCAUCGCCACAUUCGUUCCGCCCGCGCCCAAGGGUGCUGAAGAUGGCGACUUUGUCCAAGUUGGACCCUUCUGGCUUCCGACAGGGCCCGCCCCGCUUGAUGCUGCCGAAGACUACAUUCUCACGCCCUCCGUGCAGAGCAAGCUGGUCGGCCUAUCUCGAGCAGCCUUGACCCGCCGCUUCCCCGUCCUCAUUCAGGGCCCCACCUCGGCGGGUAAGACGAGUGCCGUCGAGUACCUCGCUCGUCGCACUGGACAUCGAUUUGUCCGCAUCAACAACCACGAGCACACCGACAUUCAGGAAUACAUCGGCUCGUAUGCUUCGGAUCCCGACUCGGGCAAGCUCAGCUUCCAGGAAGGUUUACUCGUCAAGGCGCUUCGUAGGGGAGACUGGAUCGUGUUGGACGAGCUCAAUCUGGCACCCACCGAUGUCCUUGAGGCGCUCAAUCGUCUACUCGACGACAACCGCGAGCUGGUCAUCCCCGAGACAGGCGAAGUGGUCAAGCCUCAUCCGCACUUCAUGCUCUUCGCGACGCAGAAUCCGCCAGGCCUGUACGCCGGACGCAAAGUGCUAAGUCGAGCAUUCCGUAACCGAUUCCUCGAGAUUCACUUCGAUGAUGUGCCUCGCGCUGAACUCGAGACCAUCUUGACCAACCGGUGCAAGAUCGCUCCUUCCUACGCAUCGCGCAUCGUCGGUGUCUUCGAGGAGCUCCAGAAGCGUCGACAGGCUGGUCGCGUCUUUGAGACCAAACAGGCCUUUGUCACGCUGCGAGAUCUAUUCCGAUGGGGUAAUCGUGAGGCCGUGGGCUAUCAGCAACUGGCAGAGAACGGCUACAUGCUCAUUGCAGAGCGAGCACGUCGCUCGGAUGACAAGGAGACUGUCAAGGACGUCAUCGAAAAGAUCAUGCGCGUCAGGCUCGACGUCGAUCGUAUGUAUCUCCUAGAAGGUCCAGAAAGCGAGACAACGCUAGCUCGCAUCGGGAAAGGACUCGGCAGCUCCAUUGUCAACACUCUUUCAAGCACGAGUAUCGUCAGGACAUCGGCGUUCCAGCGAUUGCUGUGCCUGGUUGCUACGAGUCUGCGUUACAAUGAGCCUGUGCUUCUCGUCGGAGAGACGGGUGCGGGCAAAACGUCAGUCUGCGAAGUGCUUGCUACUGCUUUCGGCCGCGAGCUGCACUGCGUCAACUGCCAUCAGAACACAGAUACUGCCGAUCUCCUAGGUGGUCAACGUCCUCUUCGCAACCGAGCAGCCCAACAAAGUGCGGCAAGGGCCACUUGCAUCGACGGCCUGGAUGCUCUGCAGAUCCCUCACAACUUGAGUGCAGAGAGUAAACUCGAAGACGUGUCUGCUUUUAUCGAAGCGGUACUGUCGAAAGAACCUGAACAGCUCGCAGCGCUCGAAGAAGUACAGAAGGAGGCCGCGCGACAGACGCUGCGGACUGCUUUGCGCGCCGUCUACCAAGCUACGGCGCUUUUCGAGUGGCAGGAUGGACCUCUGGUGCAAGCGAUGCGAGCUGGCGACCAUAUCCUGCUCGACGAGAUCUCAUUGGCGGAUGACAGCGUGCUCGAGCGUCUCAACAGUGUAUUGGAGCCUGCACGAACGCUAGUUCUUGCAGAGAGAGCCACAUCAUCCAGCCAAUUGAACUCGGAAGCAGAUCUCUCGGCUUCGCAGAUCACCGGAGCAGACGGCUUCCAGGUGCUCGCCACUAUGAACCCUGGUGGUGACUACGGCAAGAAGGAGCUGUCUCCCGCGCUGCGCAACCGCUUCACCGAGAUCUGGGUGCCUCACGUCGACAUCCGCGCCGAUUUGAUCCAGAUCAUCAACGCGCAGUGGAAGGAUGCAAGCCUGUCGGCAUGGACCGAGCCCAUCAUCGACUUUUCCGAGUGGUUCAUUCAUCAGAUCGGCGGGCGUGACCAGUCUGGGUUGGGCUUGCGUGAUCUCCUGACGUGGGCAUCGUUCAUGAACCAGCUCGCCGCCAACGCAUCCCUCGAUCCUGCUCUGGCCUUUGCUCACGGUGCUUCAUUGACCAUCAUCGACGGUCUUGGCGCUUUGCCUGCCACAUCUGCCAUGACAGCUGCAGGCCUGGAUCAGCUUCGAGACCGCUGUCUUGCCAAGGUGGCCGAGUUGAUUGCGCCGCAAGAAUACGACCCGAAGCUUGCAAGCUUGUUUGAGGUCGACGUUUCUGACGAGCGCUUGCGCAUCGGACCCUUCGCCAUCUCGCGUGGAAGCCUUGACUUGCCCUCGCAGGGAACCGGCUCGUUCAGCUUUGGUGCAAAGACGUCCGCCUCCAACGCCAUGCGUGUCCUGCGAGCCUUGUCUGUUCCCGGCAAGUCCGUGCUACUCGAAGGAAGCCCGGGAGCGGGUAAGACGAGCUUGAUCACUGCCCUUGCGGCCGCCGCCGGUCGACCGCUGACGCGUAUCAACCUGUCGGACCAGACCGAGCUCGUCGAUCUGUUCGGUUCCGAUAUGCCUCUGGAAGGCGGGGGCCCCGGAGAGUUUGCCUGGCGUGACGCCGCUUUCCUCACCGCCAUGCAGCAGGGCGAGUGGGUGCUGCUCGACGAGAUGAAUCUCGCCUCUCAGACCGUGCUCGAAGGUCUCAACUCAUGUCUCGAUCAUCGUGGAACUGUCUAUGUGCCAGAGCUGGGACGCUCCUUCACUAAGCACCCCAAUUUCCGCAUCUUUGCCGCUCAGAACCCUCACCACCAAGGAGGAGGUAGGAAAGGACUUCCAAAGUCGUUCCUCAACAGGUUCAUCAAGGUGCAUAUCGAGGAGCUCACGGGCGAAGACAUUCUCGCCAUCAGCUCGCACCUGUAUCCCAACUUUGAUGUUGACCGGUUGCGCAACAUGAUCCGAUUCAACUUUGAACUUCACCAUGAAGUCGUCGUCAAGCACUCGUUCGGAAGGAUUGGAGCGCCAUGGGAGUUCAAUCUGCGAGAUCUGAUGCGAUGGCUCGACCUGCUGCACUCCGAUCUGGGUCUCAACAAACUCGGCGAUCCCAUAGAACACCUCGCCUCGCUCUAUGUCCAGCGCUUCCGAACUGUGUCCGAUCGUCAAGCGGCCCGUGACCUGUUCCGCAAGUCUUUCGGUGGUGACGCGGCGAGUGACUCGCGCAUCUUGCCGACCAUCACACCCAGCCAGGCACGAAUUGGACACGCCGUGUUGCAACGCAAGCCCGCCCUGAAUGCCAUCCAACACCGUCUCGUGCUUCUGCAGAGCCAGCUGCCCGUGCUCGAGGCGUUAAUGGACUGCGUUCACAAGGAGUGGCUCGCGAUUCUGGUCGGACCCACGGGCAGUGGUAAGACCAGCGUCGUAAGGCUGCUCGCUCAGCUGGCUGGAGCACGACUGGAGGAGUUCCAGAUGAACUCGGGUACCGACACUAUGGACCUCAUCGGCACUUUUGAACAGUACGACCCAUUCGGUCGUUCUCGUCAUGUUUUGAGCACGCUGCUCCUCGAGAUGCAACGCUGUUCGGAAACAGUCGCGGCGUCUAGUAAUGAGCACUUUGGCGCGUUCCUAGCUGCACGCAACGUGCUGGAGGCCGCUACCGGAUCCUCGACGGACACGUCUGAACCCGAAAGCUUGCAACGGGCCGUCGAGGAUGUCAGAAUCGCUACGAGCCAAAUUCAUGACGACGCUUUGAGAAAAGCUCUCGAAGAAGCAUAUGCAUUGGCGAUCGAAUUGGCGCAGAGCUCGUCGGACGCGCAACGAACCACAGGAAGGUUCGAAUGGAUCGACGGACCUCUGCUCCGAGCAUUGCAAGAAGGCCACUGGCUCAUGCUCGACAAUGCCAAUCUGUGCUCCGCCUCUGUGCUGGAUCGACUCAACUCGCUGUUCGAAGUCAACGGCUCCCUCGUCAUCAGCGAGCGAGGCGUCGUCGACGGCAAGGUACCCGGUUUUGCUUCGAGUGAUCUGGAGAGACUCGCGCCGCUCUGCGGUGGUGAUUCGACCCUGUCAGCCAACUCGGUGGUCUCUGUCCAGAGAGCUCUCAUGGAUGCAUCGCUCCGAGCACAGCUGGUGCAGCGCGGACUCGAAGAUCGAGACGUCCUUGAUGCAGGUGCAUACCUCACGGCUCAUCGGGACGCGGCCAUCUGGACUGCCAGUCACCUCAUCCUGACCAACGCAUCGCUAGCGUCUGCCGCCUUGCCUCUCUUCCUUGCAGGAGUUCAAGAACCUGAUUCGGAGGCAGAGGCGUCCCUGUUGAUUCGCCGCGGCUCUCCAAGUGCUCUGGCGCUGACUUGGCAGGUCAUGACCCGAUGUUUUUUGUCAGUGCCGGUGGAGAUGUCGGCGCUGUUGCAAGAAGUCAUCUCGACCACAUACCUCCUUCAGGACUCGAGACAGGCGCUGCAGCUUGACCGGAUCAACUCACAUCGCAUCUCCCAGGAAUUGUCCGACUAUUUGCCUGUCGACCUACGCUACGAUGAUAAUGUGUGUCGCUUGCUCGGAACGCAGUCCUCGCCUUCACAGGCGGUACAGCUGCUCCUGGCUGCUAUGCUUCGUCGUCUGGAAGCACAGCAGAUCCGAGAAGUAGCAUCGACGAAGCGCAUGCAGGAUCUCAGCACCUUGGAGCGCUCGGCAAGGCUCAGCAGCACCGCCAUGGUGCAUGACGAAGAUCAGGCCACGACUGCUGUUCGCAACGUCUUCCCCUUGAUCGUUGCAGUGCACAAUAUGAUCCUUGCUGCUGUGCAAAGCGACCGCGCCGCUGCUCUGUCGCCUCUGACCCUUCGCCAAGUGGCUCUCUUGCUGCGCUCUGCCGAGUAUCUGCAGACACUCUGCACGUCGACGGAGCUCGACUUCUCGUCCAUCCAGAUCUUGAUCCGAUUCAUGUCGGAUCUGAUGAGGGAGAUCAGCGCCGGCGGCGUUGAAAACGAUGUCAGCUUGGUCCAAACGAUUGAUCUGCUCGGAGGCUCGCUACAGCUUACAACGGGCAAAGCUCUUUUCCCAAUCUGGUCGCUCUUCGGCGCCGACGAGGGCAUGCAGACCAACAUCUACCAUCUCAUCUGCGAUGAGGUGACGCUACUUUCCGCUGCUGCUGGCGGUGACUUACUCAAGAAUGCUCUGGACGUUGCGGCCACUCUGUGUGUCGCAGGCAAGCAGUCUGCCGCGCCUUCCGAGUUGCGAGACAUGAUGCAGCUGGGUUGGCAAACGCUCAAAAUGAUUCGGUCUGCCAGCAACAAGGCCGCCAUUCAGAGCCAGGAGCAGGGCGUUUCGAGGUCUUCUGCAACAGAAAAGGCCGAGGCGGCGCUGCUCAACCUUGCAGAGGUAUCCAUCAAGACGCCUGACUGCCUUGGAAGCGCAUCGCAAAUGUCGAGAAUGAAGCUCAUCAUGCACUUGCUUGAAUCACAUUCGUCGCCGUUCCUGCAAGCUGCCGCUGCUCCCUGCCGAUCGACCCUGUGGGCACUGGAUUCUGGAGCUGCUCAGUCGAACGCCCUCCUUUCCGACUUUAGCUGGAUCCGACGUCUCUGGCCUGCUGAAGCCGGCCAAGCAUCGACAAGCGACGGACCAGCUCACCUGUUGCGACCCUCUUCGUUGCAGACCUUGCUCGAGUCGCGCCUUGGUACUAGAUCGCUGCUGGAGAAAUCGUUCCACGAUGCCUCUGUGGGUCGCAUGAUCAAGACCGUGGGCGCCGCGCUGCCUGCAAGCUCGCCUUCGCGGGGGGAGAAGCUGGCCGGUAUCUUGGUUCGCUUUGUCACUCUCGUUUCGGAGACGCUGUACAAGGCGGGUCUCAAGGAUUUGGCAGAGCACAACCUUCCAGCAUGGAAGCGCGAGCAGGGACUGGCCGAGUGCCGCGCUCAUCUCAAGCAACUCCUGGAAGUUGGUCAUGGGCGUCUCUCGGAUGGAACAGCUUCCGCGCUGUCUGAAUGGCUGACUGUACUCCAGGAUGAGCUCGAGCCUGCCCUGUUGCGCUCGCACGAGGUCAAGGAUGCUACCAUGCUCGGUCGAGCGUGGAUCUCUGUCUCCUUGGUCAUGUUGCGACUCUAUCUGCCCAAUGUCGCGCUCGAUCCAAUCGUGGCUCGCAGGACCAUGGCUGACUUUGGCGAUUUCUGCCGAGCUCAGCUGGAGACCGCAUUGGAUCUUGAGGUCUACGCCGAGUCGAUCGUCACGGGAGAGAAGAGCAACCGUGUCAUCCGCGACUUGCGAGCUCAGAUCGAAGAGACCAGGAUGUCGCUCAAGACACAAGCUGGCGAUCGUGCACAAGCUUGGCGCAAGCCGAACUUGAAGCUAUUGUCGCAGUUCUACCGCGAGACAUCGUCGUUCCUGCGCGAGGUAGUGACCACUCAGCGAGUCGCUGAUCUGGUUCAAGCCUUGGUGAGUGGGCCUUUCGAGCAGGCGGAGCAGCGAGAGGCGAGCUUGCAAGCCAGCGUCCUCUCGUUCGGCGACCGUCUGCGAAAGACCUUUGCAGAGCUUCGCGAUAUGGUGGAGCCGAUCAUUGCAUCGCUCCUUCAGCUGCAGCUGGGUCUGCGUCUGGUUCGUCAGGCCUCUCGAAUCGCAUCAGCGCCGGUCGACGUCCAGCAACGUGGUGCCAUCGUCGAAGCACUGGUUACUUUCCCUACCGCAUACAGCUCAACUUUGCUGCGCCAGGUCGACCUCUCGAGUCAGUUGCAAGCACGAUCCGAUGUCUCUGCUUCGCUGCUCAUCGCCUCGACGGCUUCGGUGGCGUAUGAUCACACCUCGCUCGGGAUCGAGGUGCUCGAGAGCCCCGACACGCUGCGCAACAUCAGCCGCAGCUACGAGAGAAUCUUUCAGCUGUGGGCGCUCGAUCGAGAGAGGGCUAAGCGCGAGGAGGAGGAAGCCUCCAGCCUGUACAAGUCGCGCAAGAUCGAAGAGUCCAUCGACUUGGAUGCAGAGGCCGAAGAGAAAGAGUUCCACUCCUUGUUCCCCGAGUACGAGGACGACGUCUUGGAUGGUCCGAGACCCGUUGCCGUCGCAAACGGUCAGGAGCAGGCAAAGUACAAGGGUGUGUUGCUGGCUCCGCCUCGCUUCGUGGCGGUCUUGAAUGCGCACAUGGCCAUCUUCGGACAGAGCUCCCAGCCUAAGGCAUCGGCUGAUGCGUACCACGACGAGCGCGAUGGUCUUGUGACCAAGCUGAUGCGCAAACAUCACGAGGACUGGCCCGAGACCCUCGACCAGGCUGGUGCUGCCUUUGGUCUCUUGUCGGCCAUCGACGACCAGCUCGCAUCGAGCCAGAGCACCAAAGACUUCAAUUUCUACUUGGACUCGCGCCCCUCUGAAGUCCGAAAGGCGACGGCCAUCGUCGAGGACCUGCGAACGCGACUGAACGUCCUCAUCGAAGAAUGGCCCGAGCAGAUGGUCUUGCAGCACAUCCGUGAUCGUUGCGACGCUGUUCUGCGCCUCGACGCCGCCAGUCCGGUGGCAAAGAUGCUGAGCGCUCUCGAGCAGCUGCUCACCCACACGGAGGACUGGGAAGGAUUCGCCAGCUCGCAGACGUCGAUUCAGGCAAACCGCGAGCGCAUCUCGGCUCAGAUCAUCGAGUGGAGACGACUCGAACUGUCGUGCUGGGCAGAACUGCUCAACACGCAAGCUCGUACCUUCCAGGAUGAGCUCAGCGAGUGGUGGUUCCGCGUCUACGAGAUCCUCAUCCGCGGAACGAGGGCCGCGUCGGCAGAUGGACCGGAAGCGUUCAAGGAACAUGUCGAGCAGCUCAUCGAUGCCGUCGAUCAAUUUGUUCGUUCCAGUCCCCUUGGACAGUUCGAGGCACGCUUGUCUCUCCUCGAGGCGUACUCACGCUUCAUCGAACGCCUGGUGCGCCUGGCGCCACCCAAGGAGAGUCGAGGCCUCAAGGAGGUGGGCGUAGUCCUGCAGAAUGUUACUACCUUCUUCCGCCAGUUCGACGAACGCAUCUCGGGCACUCUUCAAACCCAACGAGCGGUGCUCGAGAAGAACAUCACGGGCUUCAUCAAGCUGGCCAGCUGGAAAGACAUCAACAUCCACGCGCUCAAGCAGUCGGCGCAGAAGACACAUCGACAGCUGCACAAGACUUUGCGCAAGUUCAGAGACAUUCUUCGUCAGCCAGUCGAUCCCAUGCUGGCCUCGCAUCUCGACGCGCUCACUCGACGAGAGAUCCCAGCUUUGUCAAUCGAGUCACUCAGUCACCGAAGGUUGCUCGACGCCAACGAGAAGCCGAGCGAGGUUUGGACCCAAGCCGUCUCGUUUGCCAGCCUCAACGAGUCGGCGCCGGAGCACAUUCGAAACGUGGCCAAGACCCUGGCGGUGCUUCAGAAGAUGACAAGUGAUCGUCUUUGGCCGGCUCUGCUUCUUCCUACGUCGGCAGCUGUAGGCGUGGCAGACUUUGCGGACGAGAUCGUCGACCGUCAGCAGCAGCUCGCCAAGCUGACGCCAGCCUUUUCGAAGGAAGACAACGAGAAGGCGAUCAAGAACCUGACGGCGCGCAAGCGUAAGGCAUGGUCGGACUUGCUCAAGGAACUACGUCGCGUCGGCCUGAGCUCAUUUGUCAAGACCGAUAUGGCGGCAAGGAACCAGAGCGUAAUGCACAUCUACACACGACCGGCUUUGCUAGCUGUCUGCCCCGCCUCGCUCUCGGAUGAGCCGUUCACGACGCUCGAGCGUCUGUUCUUCCGUCUGCUGGCUGCGCUGCCCAAGGUGCGCAACUCGUUGCAAAGUCACAGCCCAGACUUGUCGACGGCUGAGCUGCAGCGCGGUAUCAACUACAUCGAGCACGUCACGCAUCUUGUGUUGCAGGAACGCGACCGUAUGCAUUCCGAGCUGCAGUGCCUAUCGAUGCUCGAGAAGCUCAACGCGCGGAUGCGAGAUCUGCAUGCCGCCGGACUGGCUACGGUUACACGUGCCUCGCGAUCGGCGCCGUUCCAGGCUGUGGCUGACUUCAUUGCCCGCCUCGCAGACGCGCUCAACGAGAUCAAGGCACAGGCUCCCAAGUUCCUUGCCACAUCCGCUUUCCCAGCGCCGGUUGGUGAAACAUUCCUCGGACGCCUUCCCUCUCUCGCGGCUGAUCUCGUGCAGAGGGCCUCGAGCAUCGAGACCAUUGCCAAGACCGGUCGUGUGCACGACGGUGAUGGUGGCUUGUUCUUCCUCACAGAGCAAGAGCAUCUCGUCGUUGAGACGAGUCGCAAGCUGGUCGAGGACCUGCAGCGAGACCUGCACGAUCAUGUGCAGUCUCUGCCUGCGCUCGAGGCACUUCUCUACCCGGUAUUGCAGUGGACGCGCGGAAAUCUCCCGCUGUUCGACCGAUGCCUCGCCACGCUCAAAGCUCCUUUGAAGGGCAAGUGUCAGCCAGAGGAUCUCGUCCAGCAAGCGAACACUGUGGUGUCGGCUGUCUUGCAGGUGGCGCAAGAUGUUCGUCGAGCUGGUGGUGCUGCGGUUUCGGCAGAACAAUCCGUCGCUUCCGAAGAUACGGCAGACGGUCUUCCCGAAAAGAUCAUCUCAACCGAGCUGCAGAGGCUACAGAGCCAGCAAGCAAGCCUGCGGUCGGCCUCGGUGAUCUCCGAAGUCGAGAAGCUCUCGCGCAUGGCACAGCAGCUGGCGAGGGAUGCCGAAUCCGAAGAGAUGGUGCAGGUGCAGCUCGCCGGCGUCUACCCUUUCCUUCACGAAUACUCGGAGUUGCUGCGAGCCCAUCUGCUUGCGUCCGCACACUUCUCGAGGAGUCUGCUCAAGCUCGAUCACACGCUGUGCCACCUGAUUACUGCAUUGGCCAGCAAAGGGUUCUGCAAGCCCCCUGAGGAGCAGCAGAACGACGACGGCGAGGGCGAGGAGGGUGAGCAGCUCGAAGGCGGCACUGGUCUCGGCGAUGGUACGGGCGCCAAGGACAUCACAGAUCAGAUGGAGGACGAUGACGAGAUCGAAGAACUCCAGAAGGACGACCCGGCCGACGAGGGCGAAGAGGGAGAGAAGACAGAGCGCGAGAAGAACGCAAAGGAAGCGGAUCAGGAUUUUGGCGGCGAUCUCGAGGACAUCAGUGUCGAUGGCGACGACGAUGCCGGCAGCGAUCAAGACGGAGACGAGGGUGACGAGCAAGAGCCUGAACAUGCAGUUGGUGACGUUGACCCGCUCGACCCGAAUGCUGUUGACGAAAAGAUGUGGGACGGAAACGACGAGGACGAAGACGACAAGAAGGACGCACCGGAGGACAAGACCAACAAAGAUCUUGGUGCCGAUAACGCCGACGGCAAAGAGGCCGAGUCGGUGCCCAAGGCCGACGAUUCGGGCUCUGCCGAUGAUAAGCAGAAGCAGGAGCGUCCAGCGGAAGGCAGCCGGGACGAUCAGGAGGAGCAAAAACAGCAAGACGACAGCAAGCAGGAGCAGACCGAUGGAGAUCAGCAAGACGGCGCGGACGAGCAAGACACUGCCGAGGCCGAAGAUCGAGAAGGCGAAGAAGGCGAGGGUGCCGAAGAGGAGGAGAACGAGGACGCCGAUGUCCAGGGCGAAGGUGGAGGUCGUCAGCUGGAUCAAGAAGCCGAACAAGGCGAGAACCUAGAACUCGACGACGACCUCAACAUGGACGGCGGCGAUGGAGACAGCGAUGGCGACGAUGAUGGUCUCGACGAGCUCAGCGAUCUCGAAGAGAUGCCUGAUGACCAGCGCGAUGAACAGCGCGAUGACAAGGCGAUGGACGACCUCGUAGAUGAUCAACCGCAAGGGGAUACCGAUGACCAGAAGAACAACGAGGAGACUGCGGACGGAGAAGCGGCCGAUCAAGAGCCCGAAGAGGAGGCUGUCAAGGUGGAUAAAGAUGAAGGCGAGGAUGCCAUGGAUGAAGAUGGCGACGAUGAGGAUCCAGAAGCUCAAGCGGAGCAGCAGCAAAGGUCUGCGAACGAUGACGCCGCUGGAGGCCAACAAGACCAGGUCGAUCCCUUUGACAUCGACGCGGUUGAUCAAGGUGCCGACAACGGCGGGCAGGACGAGUCCGCCACCCAGCAGCAAUCGUCGCGUUCACAGCGCGGCAGGAGGGUGGAUGCCAGCAACGAACAGUCGCAGGCCGAGCAAGGCAUGGACAUGGACGAGUCGGCCGAUGCGGCACCGCAAGAGCAAGCAGACCAAGCUCCCUCGGCCGGCGAGCGCGGAGCACGCGCGCCCAAGGCCGAACGAGACGAAGCUUCCGGUGAUGCCGAGCAAGACGGCGAGGCCGAAGCCGAUCCCAAUCCUCUGCGCAGAAUGGGUGAUGCGCUGGAGCAGUUCCGUCGCAGGAUGCAAGAGAUUCAGAGCGCCCGAACAGAGGAAGAAGAGGAGCAGGUUGCGGGCGAGAAAGCCGAGCACGACGGCGAAGGUCCUCCUGAGGACGGCGACGUCGAACAUGUCGCCAACGACGACGCUGCUGAGUUACAAGCGCUCGGUGCUGCACAGGAGCAGGACGAGGUGCGCAACCUUGGAGACCUCGGUGUUGAAGAAGAGGACGAGUCGCUGGGUGUCAAGCCGCGUGGACAAGACGUCGACGAGCAAGAAGAGCCCGAACAGCGAGAGCCUCAGCCUCUGCCCGAUCAGCCGGUCAAGGAGGAGCGCAACGAUACCAGUGACGGUCAACAGAAAGCCUUCAUGCCUUCGGAUCUUAAACCGCCUUCUUCGUCGUUGACCGCCGAGCAGGAAGCACUACUCGACCGAGACGGAGACGCCAACAUGGCUGACGAAGUCCAAGUCAAGACGGAAGAGGAUGACGACGAAGCAAUGACCCCUCUGCCGGAUGACGUUCGACAAGAGGCGGACGACGAGGUACAGGAGCAGCUCGAAGCGUUCCGCAACGUCGCCUCGUCCGAAGAGCGUCUCGCCAAAGCUGGUGACUUGUGGAGAUCCUACGCGUCGCUCACGGCCGACUUGGCCUUCUCUCUAUGCGAGCAGCUGCGACUUAUCCUCGCCCCCACACUGGCCACACGUCUGAACGGCGACUUCCGCACGGGUAAGCGUCUCAACAUGCGCAAGAUCGUGCCCUUCAUCGCCUCGGACUUCGCCAAAGACAAGAUCUGGCUGCGGCGCACCAAGCCGUCCUCGCGCGAGUACCAGGUGAUGCUGGCGAUCGACGACAGCCGCAGUAUGGCCGAAUCGCGAUCGGCGCACUUGGCGUAUCAGACGCUGGCGCUGGUGACGGGUGCGUUGUCGCGGCUGGAGGUGGGCGAUGUGUCGAUCUGUCGUUUCGGCGAGGACGUUGACAGUCUGCAUGAGUUUGGCAAGGGAAGUUUCAACGAUCAGAACGGUGCGCAUGUCAUUGAUCGGCUUGGGUUCCAGCAGAAGAAGACCAACGUGCUCAAGUUGGUGGAGAAGUCGCUGGAGACUCUAGCUGAAGCGCGCGCCUCACGCUCCUCGUCGUCCGCCUCGCAGGGGGGAGACCUGUGGCAGUUGGAGAUCAUCAUUUCGGACGGCAUCUGCCAGGACCAUGCAAGGCUUCGCUCACUGCUGCGCAAAGCUGCCGAACAACGCGUGAUGCUCGUCUUUGUCGUCAUCGACUCGCUGCAACCCGCUCCCACGGCCAGUGGCGCUUCAACGCCCAAUGCAAACAAGCCCGCCGCCGCUGCUGCCACGGUGCAGCAGCAGCAACAACAGCGAAGCUCGAUCCUGGACAUGACCAACGCCAGCUACUACACGGACGCCAACGGCCGGCUGCAGCUCAAGAUGGAGCGAUACAUGGACACUUUCCCCUUUGACUACUAUGUGGUGGUGCGCGAGGUCGAAGCGCUGCCGGAGGUGCUUUCUGCUACGCUUCGGCAGUGGGUUGAGAAGAUCCGCGAGACCGAGUCGUGA